CGUUGCGAUUGUUUUCAUAUCAUUUACUCUUUAAAAAAAAUUAUUAUAAUUCGGUCCUCAUUCUCAUUCUCAUUCUCAUUUCUUCUCAUCUUCCCAUAGCUGUGCUUCACUUCUACUCCUCUCACUCCUCGCUCUCUGUAUUCAUACUAUACUAUAUCACACCAUGGUUGCAACCAACAUUACUUGGCACCACGGCGCUUUCACCCGCGAGGAGCGUCAAAAAGAAUUGAACCAAAAGGGUCUUACUAUUUGGUUCACUGGUUUGUCUGCAUCAGGCAAGUCAACGUUGGCCUCAGCUCUGGAGCAGCACUUGGUCUCACUCAAGAUCGCCGCUUACCGCCUUGAUGGCGACAACAUCCGUUUCGGACUUAACAAAGAUCUCGGAUUCGGACCCGAGGCUCGCACUGAGAACAUUCGCCGCAUAGCUGAGGUUGCCAAGUUGUUCGCCGACUCUACCCAGAUUGCCAUUACAGCAUUCAUUAGUCCCUAUAUUUCGGACCGCGACGCCGCUAGAAAGUUACAUGACGAGGCGAAUAUUCCAUUCAUUGAGAUCUUUGCUGAUGCUCCAUUGUCAGUAGUGGAGGAGCGUGAUCCUAAGGGUUUGUACAAGAAGGCCAAGGCUGGCGAGAUCAAGGAAUUCACUGGUAUCUCUGCUCCUUACGAGGCACCACUCAAGCCCGAGAUCCAUAUCCAAACAGACAAGGUUUCUGUCGAAGAGGGUGUUCAGAUUAUUUUGGACUACCUUCGCGAGAAGGAGUAUAUCCCUCAAUUAUAAACAGAAGGGAGGAAAAUAGUUUAAUAAAUUUUUUUUUGCAAC